CAAUGAUACCUUUUAGUCUAACAGUUGCAUAUCUGAUUGGUUCUGUCGUCAACUGGCGUGUCUUGGCUCUAAUAGGAGCUAUUCCAUGUUUAUUACUACUUUUUGGUCUAUUCUUCAUUCCAGAGUCUCCUAGAUGGCUGCUAAAUGGCUGCAGGCAAAGAUUGGCCGAGAAAAAGAGUUUGAAGCUGCAGUACAACGCCUUAGGGGAAAGAAUGUUAAUACUUCUGAAGAGGCUGCUGAUAUCAAAGAUUAUACUGAAAACAUCCAACAGAUCUCAGAAGAUAAAAUCCUUCAUUUGUUUCAGCAGAAAUAUGCUUAUCAACUCAUUGUUGGAAUUGGACUAAUGGUACUUCAACAAUUUGGAGGGCUCAACGGAUUUGCAUUUUAUAUGGACGAAAUUUUUGAAUUGGCUGGUGUGCCAAGUAUUAUUGGGUUUAUAGUGGUAUCCAUUCCUGAGAUUCCAGCAAUUGUUAUGGGAUCAAUCUUGAUAGAAAAAUUUGGAAGACGGACGCUAUUGAUGAUUUCUGCUACCGGGGAAUGCUUAGGUUGCGUCCUUACAGGACUAUCAUUCUUAUUGCAGAGCCUUAACUGGUGGACGGAAGCCACUCCUACUUUGGUGCUUUCAGGCAUAUUGGUUUUUAAGGCAUGUUAUUCAUUGGGUGUUGGAGCAAUACCAUGGAUUAUAAUAUCAGAGAUAUUUCCCAUAAAUGUAAAGGGUUCUGCUGGAAGCAUUUGCAAUUUGGUCAAUUGGUUUUGUUCCUGGCUUGUUUCAUACACAUUUAACUUUCUAGUAGAAUGGAGCUCAGCAGAAACAUUUUUCUUAUAUGCAAGCAUGUCGGGUUUGGGUGUUUUGUUCUCUGCGACACUGGUACCUGAGACUAGACGGCGAACUUUAGAAGAAAUACAAGCAUCACUCACUCAUACUCUGCAAUAAGAAUCACCAAGCAGCAAGCAGGGAAGGGGAUGUUAGUUACCCUAGUGACAUGUAUGAAGCAAACUACUCAGCAUCAAUGAAUCUAAUAAAAAAUUCAGGAUUAAGGAGAAAUAUUCUAAUAAUAUUUAAUGAAAGAUUAGGAUCAUGUGAGCCCUUCCUAAUGCCGUCUGUGGCAUUUGGUUUUGAACAUGGUGUGGUCCCAUUCUCAAUGCUCCUAGCCUUAUGGACAGCUGCUUUGAUAUGCUAAAAAUUGUAAAAUGAAAGUUACCACCAAUUUGGUCUUUCUCCCACGAUUUCUGCAUACCACAGUUACCACUUGCUUUGUUGCUAAGUAAUUCAAUGAAGGAUGAGAACAGUUGAUAA